AUGACAAUUUCCAGCUCUGAGAUCAAUAUAUUGAUCCAAAGGUACUUUCAAGAACUAGGCUACGACCAUUCUGCAUUCGCUUUUGGUUCGGAAUCGAAAAUUCCUCAGCAUCCAGUGGCUGAAAAACAAAUUCCGGCCGGAUCCUUGAUUUAUUUGAUCCAGAAAGGAAUUAUGUUCGCUCAAAUAGACUCAGCAGCCCACGAGAUUGCAGAGCAAGAAAACGACAGUCAAUUUGGAGAACAAAUCAACUAUUUACGAGCAAAUUUCCGGCAAUCAGUAGAAAUUGCCGAUGAAGUUUGUCAGUCUACGCGACGAAUGAAAGUAUUUCAUACAGAUCAAGCAGAAAUCCAGCCAAAUAUUCUUUCAUACCAUUCAUCCCUUGUUUUACAUAGCCAUUUUGCUCCUAUUAGUACAGCCGCAUGGAGUCUUGAUGGCAAGUACCUUGCAGCAGGCUCAUGCGAUGGCUCAGUUGUCGUUUGGAGUUUUGAUAAUCUCAAAUCUCCUGAUUGCAACGUCGAAGAGAAAACAAUUUACUUAAAUCCAGCCGAAUCCGAGAACGAAGCAUCCGACAUUACAGCUCUUAAGUGGUCAGAAACAACACUUGCCGUUGGUUCAUUUUCUGGCUAUCUUUCUCUCUACAAAGGCGAUACAUUAUCAUGCCAAAUCAUCGAGCAUAAUACACCAAUAGUAUCUCUCGACUUCAUUGGCGAAGUUCUCGUUUCUGGAUCGUUGGAUGGAACAAUUUUGAUAUCAAAGGAUAACGCUAUCCUUUCAAAAUUUAAACUGGAAGGUGGCGAACUUACAGAUGUCAACCAUACUGACGAUACAAAGGUCAUUGCUUCAUGCGGAAAUACAGUUUACCUUAUUAACGUCGAUGGCAGCGAUCCUACAGCAUUAUUUAGUACUCCUGCACCUAUUGUUUCACUUUGCAUCGAUUCCAAACGCCAGUUCAUUGCUGCAGCCGACAACGACCAAUCUGUCACUUAUUUCAAGAUCGAACAGUCAGAAUCACGUAAAGAUUCUAUCCAAAAACCAGCCUGUUCACUCGCAUUCGACACAAAAGGUAACUACAUCGUUGGAACUACAGAUGGUUUCUUGAAAAUCAUCACUCCAGAGGGAAACAUGCACACGUCGUUCGAUAUUCAUAAGAAACCACCACAUUCUAUUGCUAUUGAUCCAAAGGAAAGGUUCUUUGCAACUGCUUCUUCUGAUGGUUUCGUCGCAAUUUUCGAUAUUGCAGCAUCUAAAGUUAUAACUGCUUACAUAUCAUCGGAACCUGUUAAUGGACUUGCAUGGGGACCAACCGGAAGACUUCUUUGUAUAAUUCUCAAUUCUGGCGCUGUUGCAAUAUUAGAUUUCGACCAAUUAUGCUAA